AUGUCGCGCUUCAUCCGCGCCGGCAAGGGGCGCCUGUUGUUGCACCGUGGCUACACGUUUCGUUUGAAGAACAACUUGGCACACGGGCGCAAGCAGUGGUACUGCUCGUCGCGCCUCACCUCACGCUGCCUCGCUGACGUCAAUACCGAAGGCCCGGAAGGCUUCGAGCGUAUAGUUCGUUCGCGCUACGCCCACAAUCACGCGCCGCCGAAUGUGCGUCGUUUCGCCGACGGACGCUAUGUGGUGCGCACACCGCACCAAAGCGGGCAUCGCGCGCCCGCUCCCCUUGACCCCCACCAUCAGCUGCUGCAGCUUCAGCACGCGCUCGCGUUGUACGCCGCGACAGCACACGCCAACGCCACAGCAAACGCGACUGCAGCCGCUUCCGCCGCCACCGGCGCGGGCCCUCAACAGUCUCCGAAUUCCCUCCCGACUUCGCAAAAUGCACCCACUGCAAAACCCUUGUUGGUCGACACACCUUGCAAUGAGGAGGAUUAG